AUUGCAAAAUAAUACUAGUAAUAUUUAAUGCAACCUAGAGAAGUAGAAGCCAUCGUCUGUGAAUAUUUGGGAAAAUAGCAUCAGCAGCAGCUUCAUACCUCUCUGUCGUUGCUUCUUCUCCUCCGUCAAACACUAUGGCAAAAAACAGGAACAAGAAGAACAAAAACGGCACCGUUUCAAUGGACACAACCGACACCUUCGUCUCUGAAGCACCUCAAGCAAUGGACACAUCAGAAUCAGUAGCUAAAAUCAAGGUUGCUGCUUCUACCAAUCUGAAGAUAAAGCAGAAUGGCAGGCCAAUGAAGAGAUCGAAAAAUGUCCGAAAGGUGAAGGCAAUAGCAAAAGCUAUAUCCGCAAAUGAGAAGUCUGUUGAAAAAAUAUCCAAAAAUGACAACAAAAAAAGUAGAGUUCAAUCUGCAAAAACACUCUAUGAAUAAAUAACUCUGGAUGGCUCUGAUCACCACUCAUUAAAAUUUUACACUUCACAUUGUGAGCACUUAAUAUAUGCCUUUUGUAAUUUAGUUUAGCUAAAUUCAAUCAUUUGUUUAGGCCUGGUGUUUUUUAAGAUUGAAGCUCCUUAUUCUUCUUGCAUCCUUAACCUUAUGGUAGUGUUUUAAAGUUUGUUCAUUAUUUUCUUAUUGAAAAUGAAAAGUCAUAGCUCUGUUUGUGUAUUCAACCAAAUUACAGCCAUGGUGCACAAGCUUAUUUAUAGA